CGCCACGCUUGACGCGCUGUGUGUGUGGUUUACUGUCAAUCCUGUGAGCAAUCACAGCAAGAUUUUACCAAAGUUUACUUGAAUACUUUGUCCACGGUUGUUAGCUCCCAGUCUCAGACAGAGGGUCAACUCGUACAGAAUAACGAACAACGGAAGUGUGUUAUUGCCUAUAUGUUAAUAAGUUUGUACCUCAAAAAGGGCGACGCGCAUUAGCUUUAGCUAGCUAGCAGCUGGUAAGAAAACAAAUCGGAUAUUGUGGACUGAAGCAAUGUGAUGGUCAACCUGAAAAAAUACUACUCAAACUUCUUAUUCUCUGGUCAUGCGACCGCGACAUACACACCACCGCUGCUUGGACAUAGUUGAUAUCUACAGAAAACGAAAGUUGGUCACUCAUCCGUCGUCCUGGGAGCCUUAAACGAGACCAGACAGCAGGAACAGCAGGUAGGACUGCUGAUGACUAACGACGUGGAUGUUUGUGUUGUUCAGCAGCAGGGUAGACGUAAUAGCCGCAUGAUGGAGUGAUGCAAACUUUAGCUGGCAGGCUGACGAAGAGCCAUGGAGGGAGUCGAGCAAGAAGCUUCUAUGGGGAAGAGUGGCAGUCUGGCAGAGCUGACUGUCGUGCAGAAUGUUGUAGCUUUGGAUGGGCUUACUGAUGAUGAAAGGUCAUCACAGCCUGACCUCAACUUUCCUCACAUUACUGAGGACACAACAUGGUUAAUGGUUCAGGAAGGAGAACCGAACCCCUCUGAGCUGCAGGAGCUCGGCUCUGCCUCGGGUGAGGAAGGGGAAAGUAAAGAGGCCAUGGACAAUCAAUGUGUUCAGAAUGGAGAGGAAGCUGAAAAGGAUAAACUACAGAACAACAGCAGUGCUGCAAUAACCACCAGCACAUGUCCAGAGCCGCUGCAGAGCUCCACUCUCUCAUUGUCUGAUCAUUUAAAGUUGGGUCGAGAUGAGUCCGAAAGUACGGGACUAAAUGUGGAGUGCAAGAUAUGUGGGGACAAAGCUUCAGGGUUCCACUACGGUGUACAUGCCUGCGAGGGCUGCAAGGGUUUUUUCAGACGUACCAUUCGUAUGAAGCUAGAGUAUGAACGCUGUGAACGGGCCUGUCGAAUACAAAAGAAGAGUCGCAAUAAAUGCCAAUACUGCCGCUUCCAAAAGUGUCUGUCUCUUGGCAUGUCCCAUGAUGCUAUUCGUUAUGGCCGUAUGCCAGAGGCAGAGAAGAAGAAGCUGGUGGCAGGACUGCUAGCAGGAGAGAAGAGUCUGCUGAGCCCUGGAGGCUCUGAUCUCAAAACUUUGGCAAAGCACGUAAACUCAGCCUACCUAAAAAACCUCAAUAUGACCAAGAAGAAGGCACGAAGCAUCCUCACUGGAAAAACCAACUGCACCCCGCCGUUUGUGAUUCAUGAUAUGGACUCAUUGUGGCAAGCAGAGAAUGGUUUAGUCUGGAACCAGCUGAAUGGUGCUCCCCCAAACAAAGAAAUUGGAGUGCAUGUCUUCUACCGCUGCCAGUGCACCACAGUGGAAACUGUUCGAGAGCUCACAGAGUUUGCCAAAAAUAUCCCUGGCUUUGUAGAGCUCUUCCUUAAUGAUCAGGUAACUUUGUUAAAGUAUGGUGUCCAUGAGGCCAUUUUUGCAAUGCUACCAUCACUCAUGAAUAAAGACGGACUCCUGGUAGCCAACGGGAAGGGCUUUGUGACGAGAGAGUUUCUACGGAGCCUGCGCAAACCCUUCAGUGAAAUUAUGGAACCCAAGUUUGAAUUUGCUGUGAAGUUCAAUGCCCUUGAGCUGGACGAUAGUGACCUGGCUCUGUUUGUUGCGGCCAUCAUACUGUGUGGAGACCGACCCGGACUCAUGAAUGUGAAGCAGGUCGAGCAGAUUCAGGACAGCAUCCUCCAAGCUCUGGAUCAACACCUCCAGGCUCACCAUCCAGAGUCAGUGCACCUCUUCCCCAAACUGCUGCAAAAGAUGGCUGACCUGAGACAGUUGGUCACAGAAAACGCUCAGCUGGUCCAGAUGAUUAAGAAGACUGAAUCUGAGACCUCGCUUCAUCCGCUUCUGCAAGAAAUCUAUAAAGACAUGUAUUAAGUCUUAUGACUUAGGACAUCCAAACUGAGCUAAAAGACAUUAUGCACACAGGCAUCCACGGUGCUGCAGAUACCAUAGAAUUUUUAUAUUGGCAUUUAUGGAGUUUUACAGAUACUGUGUUUGAAAACUGACACUUUUCUUCGGGGCAGGGCUUUUUUUUUCCCAAAAAAGUAGUUUUGAUUUUUGUGAAGGUCAACCUCAGUUUCCAGCUGGUGAACAGCACAUUAACAUGACUCAGAAUAUAACAGUAUUUUGUUAAAAUGUGUGUUAUAUAGAUAUCUUUUUUUCCUUUUGUUUCUAAUGAAUUAAUCGUUCAAUGAAAAUAAUGGGGAGUAGUAAUAAUUAUCAUUUUACAUAUUUCAAGGCUGCUGCACAGACCUAAAUCCAGAUUUCACAGGACUCUAUAGGAUCGUUCUAAUUCUCUUUAUUAAUUAAUUUAGUAACAUUUAUUGAUUAAAGGCCGGUCCCAUGCUGUAGCAUCUGAAAGAUGGGGAAACUGUUUUGCUUGGUGAAUUACUCAGGUUUUGAGUAACUGCCUGUCAGUUUUUUUCCUCUUUCUUGCUUUACAUUUACUAAAUGAAUUAAAUAGCCAUGUGAAAUUCACCAUGAGCUUGAAUUUCCAGUCGAUCUUAUAUGCAUAUGGAAUAUAAAUAUUUUGCUGAGUUAAUUAAUUUCUCCAGUACUAUGUACUGUUUCUCAUAUUUGUCAAAAAUUUAGGUAUACUUCAUGCAACUUCCAUGAUUCAGAUUCAGUUGGUUUCUUAAAGGAAUAGUUUGUACUUUGAAACUAAAUAUUGAUUUUGAGCCAUAUUAGUAGAGCGAAGACUUGCACAACAAUUCUGCAGUUUGAAACUGACUAUAUAGAAAGACCCAUUACAUCCAGUCAUUUGUAAGAGAGCAGCAUGUCACUAAUCUAAAAAUCAAUAUUUACUUUCUGGUCCUGUGGAGAAGGGAAAAGUACAGGUGAAUGGACAAAUACAAAGCAGACAAUUCUGAAUUUUGUUUUUAAUUAAGAGCUCACAAUGUAAUUCUGUGUUGGAGUAAAGUCAUAUUUAUGUU